UGUCAGUCGUGUCUACUGGCGUUGGCACUGAAGGCUUGCUGUUCUUGAAUCUUCCUCCGCUUGACCACUUCGAUGAGGUGGCGAAGGGCGCUGGCACCGAGCACGGCAGCAGACAGCGUGCAGGAAGAACCAAAAAGGAGAAGCCACGACUGCAAGAAUGGUUGAGGUGGACGUUCGGCAGCAGAAGGGAGACGGAGGAGCCACUCAGUCACUAGUAGCAGGAGGGAGAGGGCGGGGCCACUCAUUGACAUGAGCAGAGGCACCAGUGGCAGGAGCGAGAUGGCGGCGCCACUCAUGACAUGGGCACAGUCACCAGCAGCAGGAGGGAGAAGACGGCGCCACUUAAUGACAUAGGCAGUCACCAGCAGCAGGAGGGAGAGGGCGGCGCCACUCAGUGACAUGACACGGCCAGGCUGUUUUCCCCGUUGUGUUGACGAGAAUGGAGUGAGAACACCUGCUCACAGUGCACGCGUGACACAGCUGGCAGUGGCGGGCACACACUUGCCACGCGGUCUGCACCACCGUGACCCUGGACUAAGGAAUUGCCUGUCCUGCCGGCAAGGGGAGAACAUUGCCCGCCACAGGACACGCCGGGGCACACUCAGGUGGGAACCGUGCAUCAAGCGAACAGGAAAGAUGAGGUCAUAAGGAAGCGCUAAGGUCGCACGCGUCCGCCACUCUGCCCAUCACCGCAGGUACCACACGGGGCAGCAGGAGCCCCGAGCAGCCAGAUCCGGUGCAUCGGUGCCUCGAUGGUGCUCAACGCUCAUAUGACCUACCAGGCCACGCCGGCAUGCUGUUUGCUGCACUCCAAGGCUGCCUGCCCGUAGCGCCUCUCUUCUUUCUCUGGUGACUUACCAAGCUGCCCUUAGUUAUCUAAUGCACUGCUGACGUGGUCCACCAUAGGGCAUGAGGGGGAGGGAUGUUGAGAGCCAGGCUGAGAGGGAGGCCACCAGGUUCUUCUCAGCAACUCCUUUACCUGGCCCUGCCAGCCAACAGGUACUCCAGGCAGGGAGUGAGGGCCAGGCUGUGUUGCCAGGUCCCAGCACAGCUGGUGAGCGCAAGAGAGCUGGUAGAUUACGCAAGCUGAUUACCCGAGGCCCCACCAGGUUUGAUGAACAUAUAGAGAGUGGGGAGACAGCUGAACCUACCCCAGUGGAACCAAGGACACGAUGGCAGCGAGCAGCAACAGAGGCCCGUGUUACCUCCAGGAUUCAGGGUGAGGAAUUUUUCACGAGGGUGUGGCCAGAGGAGCAACACACAGCACCCUCCUCUCCAGGAUUCUCUCUUUGGGAUAUUCUGUCUCCCUCAAAGUCACAAGAAAAGAAGGAUGGAGAGGAAGAAGAUGCUGAGGGUGCUGAAGGAGAGAGUCAUGCAUUGGUUGGCCCUCACCCCUGCCCUCCUACCCGGUCCACUCCUGCCGUAUAUGUACCCCUCCACCUGCGUCGUAUCCACCAGCAAUCUACUCUCUUCCUGCCCUCUGCCCUCCCCAGUGAUCUUCGAAGCAAGCUGGAGGAGGGGGUGAGUGUACGGGACCCUCUGGAAGAAGGUCUGUAUGUCGGGGAGAAGCCCUUCCUCACUCCUGCUAACCGUAACAUUGUGGAGAAUCGACUGCUGCGCCAGAAUAAUAGACACUGGUUCUCAGAGACAGGUUCCCUGGAGCGCCUCAACACCCCCAUCAAUGAGCAGUUCUACCACCAUCUGCCUCCCCACCUGCAGGAGGCACAGAACAAGGAGCCCCUCACUGUCUUCAUGGAGCCACAACCCAUUGAGAGCCUGCAGGACUGUGAUGAGGGUACUGGUGGUGUGCUGGACUUGGAGUUGUGUGGGCUGCACUUUACCCACCACCCUCUCUUCUCCCCUGAGCAUGUGUUGGCUGCCCAGCUUACUCAGGACUACAAGCUUUACAAACAGCGGGUCAACCUUGGGGCUACACGCAUCCUACAGGCAAAGCUGGUGGUGUUGCGUCAGUCCCUUGCCAAGUUACGGGAAGCUGGAGAUACCACAAAUCAACUCUCACAGUCCUUGCAGCCACGCCACAAGACAGCAAGAGAGGAGCUGGAUGUGGCAAGGCGACUGGAGAUCUAUCGAAGGGAAGUGAAAGCUUGCCGAGAGGAGGCUAAUGUGGAGGCUGAGAAGGACCGACAGCUCUUAACAGGACUUCUGAGGACUUGGAGAAGCAUCAAGGAUUUACGUCACUCCUCCAGGGUACAUGCCACCUCCAUCAGGCUCUUGAUACGGAAGGAGGAAGGAGACCGUGCUGAGGAGGAGGAGCAGAGGAAGGUUGAGCUGGAGGAGGAGGUGAGGGAGGUGUUAGAGGAGAGACAGCAAGAGUAUGAGGCCCAAAGCAAGAGGUAUGAAAAGGAGCUUGCUGAGUGGAAGGCUGAACAUAAGAAAAGGAAGGAGGCCAGGAGGAGGCAGGAGGAGCGCAGGAAGGCAGCAGAGGAAGGCAGCACACCAGAUGCUCAAGGUGAAGAAGCCCUCAUUCAGGUAGCACAAGAUGAUACUCUCCUGGCAUCUCCUGAGCCACCCCGACCCUCUCGGCCCCCAAAACCACCACCCAAACAUAAGGUUGAGCUGGAGGUGUUAGAAGUGUUCUCUCGCACCCGCAAGCCACCUGGUGAGCCAGUGGUGAGCCUGGAGCUAACCCAGACACCCCUUCCAGAGCUGCACAACUGUCCUGAUCCAGAGAAAAAGCGCAGACAGGCAGUGGCCAAGAUCCAUGGGUGGCUAAGGGUACUGGUCAACAACAAGUUGGUGACUCAGACUUCUUCAACAACCCUGGGAGCUGACUUCACCCUGCCUCUUGGCCACACCUUCCGGAUGGCCCUGUCAUCAUGGCCACGCAGUCUGACUGUAGAGGUGGUGGAAGGAGCUUCUCUAAGGCAGACACUGGUGGCCUCCAUCACUUUGCCAAUCCCAGGCUGCACUGCCACCACCAAAGAUGCCCCAGAGGUGGCACAGUUCAGCGGCAGCCAGGUGGUGAGUCACAGCCAUGCUGGGGUCGGCUGUGGCCAGGUGGGUUCACAGUAUGGUUCAAGCCUUACCACAGGUGAACUGAAGUAUAAGCUAGGGUGGGCCACUGGAGCAGAAGGAGAGGUACUGGCUCCACUUGGACCUCCACCUACCCAUGCUGCCAUCCCUCCAACCUCUUCCACUGCUCUUAAGUGGGUGGCUCCCCCUGAAGGUGGUGUGGCAAAUACACGGCAGUGGUUACAGGAAGCACGGCUGGACCCCAAUGAUCCUGCUAAUGCUGCCCUGAUUGCCCACCUGCAGAAGUCAGCAGGUGGCCGUAGUGUGCGUGGUGGGGGUCACUACCUGGAGUUUGAGGGGGUGGCUGGCUGGGAGGGCGGGCGUGGAGGUGGUGUGAGGCUACGGGUCCUGGAGCUGCGGGACCAAGGGGAGCCUCUGUACCGUGAUGCCCGCUUGGUGCCUGCGUUGGAGACUCAGGUGCUGCGUGACCCUCUGCAGAACUUUGAGAGGCGGACAAGGGAGAUGGAAGAGGAGGCUGAAGCAGUGGUGGCAGUGGGGGAUGGGGGUGGCAGUGGGGAUGCUGGUGCCAGUGGAGAUGGGGAGGCUGAGAGGGUGAAGGAGGUGGGUGAGGGAUGGGGCGCAGAGCUGGAGCAACGGUGGGAGCGGGUUGAGGGGCUGCUAGCAUCCCUCCGUCGGCGCCUCCAGCUGCGGUACUCCCCAGAGAGUGCUGCCCCUGUCCUGGAGGACUUGGUGCGGGAGGAGAGCAUCCCAGACAUUGGCACCCUUGGCAGCUCCCUGGCAGCGGUGUUCCGUGCUCGCCGCCCUCUCAGACCCACACGGAGGCCUCGAGACCGUGUGCGUGGUGCUGCCCUCACAGACCAGCAUGUGCAGCUCAUUGUGCAUGUGGCCCGUGCCUUCAAUGUUCCUGUCCGUGACCCUCAGCAGCAGCAAGACAGCCUUGGUGGUGGUGUUGGUGGUGGCGGUGAUGGCGGCUGUGUGAGGACCCUGGUGGAGGUGACUUUCCAGCGCACCACACGGAGCACCAGUGUGGCAGAGGGUCCCAACCCCACCUGGAACCAGCAGCUGUCCUUCCCCUUCAGGGCUCCCAACGACAACUUCUCCCCGGGCAGCCUCCAGCAGGUGCGGGAGGACGUGUUCCUUCAUCUGUACGAUCAAGUGACUCAAGACCUCUUGGACGACCCUCGCCUCCGCCCUUCUACCCUGCACCACCGCCUCCACCACCGCUGGCUCGGCUCCCUCACCAUCCCCUUCUCCACCAUUUACGCUAACGCCAAGAUCGAGGGAACGUUCGCUUUGGAAGAGCCUGUGAUGUUGCUUGGGUAUACGAGAGAGCACCGCGCCGCGCACCUCCCCGCCUCCUCCAGCAGUAGCAGCAGCCCGCCCAACACCCCACCCGGACACCUCCCCUCCACCAGCCUCGCCACCACUCACCUGUCCCUCUACAUCACGCUUGAGCCCUCCCUGCCGCCCCCGGAGCCCCUCAAGGCGCAGUUCGAAUCCAGCGAGCCUGAGGAGGUAGUGUCGGCGGGCCGGGAGUGGGUGGCGGCCCUCGCUUCCCGCUAUCCCCGCCGCCGCUUCCGAACUCACGUCCUUGACCUCUCGGGGCGUCUAGUGUGCCUCACCCGCUACCUCAGGCCCCUGCCGCCGCCCCAGGAGCUCAUGUGCCAGGACUCCGCCGCCACGGUACGCCGCGUCGCCUGGUUCGUGUCUCUCAUCCCUUCCCUGGCUGACCUGACCCUGUUUCCCGGCGCGGGGGACAUCUGGGCCAACUCGGAGCAAUUCUUGACUCUGCUGACCGGCGACGAGGAGGAGCACGCCGUCCUGCUGGCCUGUUUCUUUCUGCACCUGGGCAAGACGGCCUACCUCCUGCUGGGUAGCGGCGUACCUGAGGGUGAGACCUGCUACGUGGUGACGCGGGAAUCUGAUGCGGAUUGGCUGGUGUGGCAACCCUCCACUGGCCGCUGCUUCAGCCCGCGCCACCCCUUCACGCCGCUCCAUGCUGUGUACCAACUCGUCAGUCAGGACAACAUUUGGGGGAACGUUCAGAAGUACGAUGACCCGCCGAGGGUGAGCUUGGACGUGGGUGGGUCAGGGUGGCGGCCGUUCUUCGGGCGUGGCGGUUUGAGGGACCCGGGGCUAGCCAGCGUGCAGCCCCCCCCGCCUCACCCUACCCCUGCCAGAUCCCGCCCAGGUGAAAGAGCUGCAGGAAAGGCUAGAGCUGAGCUUGAGGGACGCCUUCAUGAAGUGGAGAGGCACUAACAGGACAACUUGGAACAGACAUGCCAUCAAAGUCCUGAGGAAGCUGGUGGAGAGAAUGGAGGAGACACGAACCACCGCCGCCGCCACCGCCGCUCCGCACCACCACCCCAGUGGCAGCAGCAGCAGCAGCCUCCACCACCAG